CCUACAUUUAUAUUUAAUUAAAACACAACAUUUGAAGAAAUAAAUCAAAUAUAUUUUAAGAAACAAAUCCAAUUAUAUAAUAAAAAUUUAACUGUGAAGUUUAAGAAACAAAUAAAAAAUUAUAUUCUUUAUCAAUCAAAUUCAUCGAAGUAACGUCAUUUGUUUAAACCUCGUUUAUCGAUAAUUUCAAUCAUACCACAUACAUCCUAGCUAAUUUUAUAACCAGUACUGAAUUUAAAGGCCAACAUGCGACCGGCAUCACAACCAUGCUCACGAGAGUACCACAUUUUCUUCUUUCAUUCAUUAAUCGUCGAAAGUGGAAAGACAAGUAUCAAAUUCUUCCAAUAGAAUUACUUCUUGUCGUGUCUUUGAUUCAAGGGAAGCAUUAGAUAUUUCACUUGCUCCACAACUCAAAGAAUUUAUUCUAACCUCUUAACUUUACCUCUCAUGGAAGCAAGGUAAAUCUAUUUAUAGAGCCAAUUGGUCUUCUUUCAUUUCGUAGUUCGUCCCAAGUCAAAACAGCCACACCUUUGAGAGAGAUUGAGAGUUUCUGAAUUUUGCUUUUUCAACCACCAAAUAUUUGAAGGGAAUAUAAGUUCUUCGGAGUUCAAGGUAUGUUGAUUCCAUUUUUAAUAUGCAUGCACGGUGAUGGCUUUCAUCUCUUUUAGUUAGUAAGUCACCUUUGGUUUCGCAAUUGCUACAUAUCGCGACAUGAAAAUUGAUCAUAUAUGUAUAUUUCUUCCUCCUUUCUUUUGUUGCCUUGUAGUUAGUCACGAUUGGAUCAAUCUCAAAACGAUUCCCGAACAAUGAAAUCCGUUGCUUCAACUUCGUCCGACUCUUCUUCUUCUUCUGUGGCUCCGUCUCCUCUGCCAUCGGGAGAGUACGAGGUCUUCCUGAGCUUCAGAGGCCCCGACGUCCGCAAUACCUUCGCCGAUCACCUCUACACCUUCCUAUCGCGUUCUAAAAUCCGCACGUUCAGAGACAAUGAAGAACUUCACAAGGGGGAAGAGAUCUCUCCCGGCCUCCUGCGGGCGAUCGGCGAAUCCAAGAUCUACAUUCCUAUUUUUCCAGGCAGGGAGCUAUAAUAGAUCAAGUUCUUUCUGAGGUUGAGUUACAUUUGAAGAAUAUUUACACGUUAGUGACGGAUGAGUUGGUGGGGAUUGACGCUCGUGUUGAAGAAGUGAUGGAAUUAUUGAACUUGGACUCGGACGGUCCGAAAGUCGUUUGCCUCUAUGGAAUGGGUGGCAUAGGUAAAACUACGCUGUCUACGGUGGUAUUCAACAGGAUUUUAUUGCUGUUUGAUCGAUGUUGUUUUAUAAAAAACGUACAGGAAACGU